AUUUUACUAAAAUACGCAACUAGAUGGAUCCUGAAGCAGAAGAAGAUUAUAGCGAAGACUUUUACCCAGAAGAUUCUUUAGAGGAUGCUGAAUAUUACCAAGAAGGGCCUCAGGAUUACUUUCCUGUAUCUUAUGAUGGCACUAUCCCGGAAUAUCUUGACUACACUGAUAACUAUACUGACCAAGAUCCAGAUGGUCAAUACGAGCAAGCAGAAGUUCCUUACCAGCAAGAUGAGAGUAGCCUUGAGUCACAGUUUAGUGAUGUGGUCGAUGAAGACAAACUUGUCCAGAAAUUAGACGCACUGCAUUUCUUUGACCGUAAUGACGGCGGUAACAUUGCUGAGAGCAAGCGAAAAGUCAAAAUGUUCCAAAACUUCGUUGAAGAAUACAUGCUUCCAAAGAUGACUGUUAAGCACCUCAAAGAUCUUGGAAAUGAAUUCCUACUCAAGUACGAGUUUUUGGCAAAGGAGGAGUUUAUAUGGAAAAUAAAGCUGAACCUUACAAAACCUGACCUAGUGUGACUUCUCAGUAAGGCAAUUGGAACAAUCAUGACUAAAAAGUUUGAAAAUAUAUAA